AUGGCAUAUACACAUUAUAUGUAUAGCUCGCUAUAACUACCUCGGAGGUGCAGGACUGACAACAGUAAAGAUGUCGAUACCGCAGAAGCGAGCUCACGCGGAGUUCGAAUCCAAUGCUGUCAAGUCCAACAUCAAGGAACAGCGCCGCCUUGAGAAGAACAUCACCGUCCUAAACGUUGAGGAAGCAUAUGCCAUGCGUAUCCUCAAUCUUGAUAGCCGAGAUAUUAACACUUACCGUAAUAAAAUGAACGAACGCACGGCCAAAAUAAAAUCUCACCUGACAACUGGUGACAUUAUCCAGAUGAAGGAACUAGAAGCAGCAGGGAAAAUGAAGGGUGUUAACAAAUCUCCAUCACCUUCAUCAGCCAUCAUUGCAGCAGCUGAAAAACGACUUAAUAUAAAACCCCGCCCAAAAACAUCUUUACCAGUUCGCCAAUAUAACAACAGCCGUAGAUAUUCUCCGAAUAUCGAGGAUAACAAAGGUGAUGACACGAACACACCCAGUCAGGAGGAAAUGCUGGUACGAGAAUAUCAGUCGCGGUCGCUAGUGAAACAGCCAUCUUUGUCGAAUCUUCAUCAAAUGUCCACUAACGAUUCUGCAGAUCAAGACAUUAAUGCUACUUGGGCUCGACCAUCUCCUAAGCCUCGCAAACGUCCGACCACUUCUUUUGUUUCCUCUAACCGAUACGGCAGUGAUGGUUCAGUCGAAAAGAGAUCAUCUAUUCCAUCACCUGUGGUCAGGAUUCCAACAGCAGAAAAUGCUGAUGACACUGUAAGUGACAUAGAGGAACUACCAAACGACAACACGUUUAUUCCUUACGAAGAAGAUAAAGACGCUACUGAUCAGGAAGCUCUAAUUGAAAAACCAGCACCAAGUCAGAAAUAUCGCAGGCUGCCAGUCACACCAAAAAGGCAAGAAGUGCGAGACAGUAAAAAUGAGGUACCAACAAGGCCUGAAAAGACCCAUAAACAAACACGUUGCCCAUACAAAGGUACGCCAAUGAGAGUGGUGCCCUCUGCAACCCAGAUCUCAAUGGUAUGUAAUGAUGGUACUCAGUCGACCGCAGCAGGCGAAAAGCCUAGUAUAUCCCGACCAGGAAGUGGAAUUCCUGUGAAGACUGGCGACAUCAAACAUGACAAGAGGAGGCCAAAAACUGCACAACAUGUAUCAACUGAAGACAGGGCAAUGGAACUUUUUCCUCCAUCAUACGACAGGAAUGAAGCGAGUAAAGAUACAUACCGACCGAAAACUAAGAAAGAGCAUCCGCCGCUUGGUUAUGCUGAAAUACAUCGUAAUCGUCGUGUACGAUCACCGGAUCAUGGCUUGAGCGCGCGGCACUCAAGUAUUCGUCAAAGUAAACCAGAUAACACGGAUUCCUUACGACCUGCGUCUAGGAAGCUGCCUGCUCGGCCAGACCGUUCACCUAGUACCAGGAUAUCUAUACGUCCUGUCACAGCCCAUUCCCGUUCAACAGAAAUAGAGUCAGAAGAACCUAGGCCUGUCCCCGCAAGACGGCUAUCUCGUCCACGAACGGCAAAGGCAAACGUCAACCCCGUAUACACUGAGGCUGUGAGUCAGAAUGUACUUGAAUAUUCUACAUCUGACAAUACGUCAACUCUUCCACCGGCUAUUAGUCCAAGAGAAAAUUUAACUUCCCGGGUUGAUUCAAAACCGAUCACUAGUGCCUUAUCACCUCGACAAUCACAGGACCCUUCCUCACAAUCCAUGACAAGUAUCCCUCGAUAUGUGCCAAUGGCUCCCAAGCAGAGGGCAUGCAUCGUUCCACGAUCACCACGAGUUGUAACUGUUACGUCUUCAUCUAAAAAAUUAAAUGCGUCUGUCGUAGACAGACUGAACGAUUUCUCCAGUGUGUUACCAUAUACUUCAGCUGGAAAUAGUGUAAACAAACAAACUAAUGAGAUUCCCAUGGUAUUACAAAGUCAACAAACGCCUGACCAUGUACGGGAAACUUCUACUCACCCAACACAUUGUCCUUCAGGCCAGAGAGCACACGCGUCUAAUGGUGACUAUGAUACUCCACCUGGUAAUCAGUACAAUAAUACAUACAUGAGCCAAAAUCAUGACCCAGUUGUGGACGAUCAUCCUAAACCGGACUCUCAUACAACUUCUUACCAACAACAAAUCCAACAAACAUCCAUACCACGACCAGGCAGUGCCAGACCUCGUGCUCCCGCUCAGGCAAGCAACCGUUCGUCUCCUCAAAAUGACAAUGUGAGUUCUGCCACAGAUUUUCGUAAUACUUUAAGCAGGUCAUAUGACACACAGGAACAUGUCAUCAGCGCCAAACCGCCACGACCGAUGCAGAGGCCAACAACGGCACGGACGCAUGUCUCUGUUGGAGAUCCGCCUGCCACAAAACGUAACAUUCCACGACCUCGGACGGCCAGGAUGCUGCCUUCAACACCACAACACAGGCCACAGCUGGAGAAAUAUCCCACCAAUACAGGACAAGACCAUGUUGUCGCUCAGGCUAUAGUACAUUCUCCAAGGCCACCAACUGCUCCUGCAGAAAGGAGAAGGCAAGUGCCUGAUCAAACAGAGUACGUUACCCAUGAUGCCACAGUACCGGCACCAAGCAGGAUAGCUGUGCGCACAAAAAUACCAAAAAAGCCAUCACUAAAAUUCCAUUUCGAUUCUCAUAAAAUUGUGACAGAAAAUAAUGCAAAAGAACCAGACGUAACAUUACCUUCCAAAGUGUAUUCUUCAUUCGAGGAAGCAAUGACGGAAUACUUAGAGCGUGUUGCCGCAGAAAAUAUAUUUAGUAAGAACGUGCUGCACGGAUUUCGCCAAAGUCUUAUAAAACUGGAGAAAUUAAAAUUCUCAAAGAUAGAGGACAAAAUGACUCUUUUCUUAAAUAAGAUGGACGAAUAUUUAGAACGAUCGGGCAAGGUAAUACCAGAAUGGUUCAAACCGCUUCGCUUUAGGAAAACUUUUGAGGAACCCACUGUGGUAACAUUUGAUCCUGCCACGUAUUUCAAAAACAGGAGAAAGUGCAAAUAUCAACACAACAAAGCUGCGUUCGAGAGACAGGCCAAAAAAGAUCCUGACCCCAACGUGGCGUGGAACGGCAUCAAUAAGUGUCGUUACCUGCGGAUACCCAACGAAAUGAUCGAUCAUUCGGGCAUGCGCACUCUCGGAACAGAUCAAAUUCAGCUUAUGAAAACACUCAAAGGCAUCGACUAA